AUGAGUGUACCCAGCGAGCCGGAAGUCCCUCUAUGGAUUGACAACAAACCUGUUCAUACAGACAUUAAAUUUUCAGUCACGAACCAUGCUACUGGCAAGUCUAUUUUAGCUUAUGGUAUUUCACUACAACUUGUCGACCGUGUUGUCGAAAGUUCGCAUCAAGCAUUCGCCGGCUGGCGGAAGACUACGACAUGGCAGCGCCAAGACCUUUUGCUCAAGGCAGCCAAUCUUCUUGAGGAGCGGAAGGAUGUCGCUGAGAACAUACUGCGGGUCGAAAUGCCCAUCGACGAUUUUAUCAUACAGCAGAUCAACAUUCAAAGUUCCAUUGACCUCCUCCGGGAAUUGGCCUUCCACGUGAAGGAUACCGAGAGCGGAACCCUCCUUCCCAGCAGGCAAGGACCGGAUUCCUUCGCCAUGGUCAUCAGGGAGCCCGUGGGUGUCCAGCUCGGCAUCGCGCCGUGGAAUGCGUCCCUCUACCUUGGCAUCAGAGCUGUGGCAACCCCGAUCGCCUGUGGAAAUACGGCCAUACUGAAGGCUUCUGAAAUGACUCCACUGGUGCAUAACUUCAUCGGGAUCCUGUUCAAAGAUGCCGGAUUCCCUCCCGGUGUCCUUAAUAUCGUGCAGCAUCGGAGAGAAGAUGCACCAAAAGUGCUCAACGCCCUUAUCAGCGACAAUCGCGUCAGAAAGGUUAAUUUCACUGGGAGCGCCCCUGUGGGCAAGAUCAUUGCUGGUAAAGCGGCCGAGCAUUGCAAGCCUGUGCUAUUGGAACUGGGGGGGAAGUCACCGCAGAUCGUGCUUGAAGACGCGGAUUUAGACAAGGCGGCUGAGGCUGCGGCCAUGGGAGCAUUUUCUCAUCAUGGGCAGAUCUGCAUGUCCACCGAAAGGAUAAUUGUCCACGCUUCGGUCCUUGAACGAUUCUCAGAGAAACUGACCGAGACUGCAAAAAAGCUGGAAGUUCAGCCUGGAGCUUCUGAGGAGCACGUCAUCAAGGUGAAAAAGCUUGUUACUGACUCAUUGGAUAGAGGUGCUAAGCUCCUCUUUGGAGAGAGCAUCGAAACUCAAAAGUCGCAUAUGAGUCCUCGCGUACUCACCGAAGUCACGCAAGAUAUGCCAAUCUGGCGCCAAGAGACCUUUGCGCCUGUGGUGAUUUUGGUGCCGUUCACGACGCUGGACGAGGCUGUGGAGUUGGCGAAUGAUUCCGACUACGGACUAUCGUCAAGCAUCUUCACUGCCAGUAUUGGUAGAGGCAUCGAGCUAGCUCGCCGUCUUGAUACAGGGGCAGUUCAUAUUAACUCCAUGACUGUUCACGAUGAGGCGCAUUUGCCGCAUGGCGGAUCUAAGGACAGUGGCUGGGGACGGUUCGGAGUCCCGUGGGGCAAAAUAGGCUUCCCGGAAUUUACGCAGUUAAAGACUAUUACGGUCAGAGAUGAGCAUUUAGGCAGC